GGGGCUGGUGGUUGCUUGCGGGCGGCAGCCUCGGGUCAUGUGACCGGAAGGGCUCCUGACGGACGCCGUCCCUCCUCGGCGCGGCUGAGCGCCCGGCCCGACCCCGGCCAUGGGGUGCUGCUACAGCAGCGAAAACGAGGACUCGGACCAGGACCGGGAGGAGCGGAAGCUGCUGCUGGACCCUAGUAGCCCCCCCACCAAAGCCCUCAAUGGAGCUGAGCCCAAUUACCACAGCCUGCCUUCUGCACGCACAGAUGAGCAGGCCCUGCUCUCCUCCAUCCUCGCCAAGACAGCCAGCAACAUCAUUGAUGUGUCAGCUGCAGACUCCCAGGGCAUGGAGCAGCAUGAAUACAUGGACAGAGCAAGGCAGUACAGCACCCGCUUGGCUGUGCUGAGCAGCAGCCUAACCCACUGGAAGAAGCUGCCACCGCUGCCAUCUCUCACCAGCCAGCCCCACCAAGUGCUGGCCAGCGAGCCAGUCCCCUUCUCUGACUUGCAGCAGGUCUCCAGGAUAGCUGCUUAUGCCUACAGUGCACUUUCUCAAAUCCGUGUGGACGCAAAAGAGGAGCUGGUUGUACAGUUUGGGAUCCCGUGAAGAGGGGUCCUUGGAAAGCUCUUCUCUCCUCUUCAUCCCGUCUCCACCCCAUCUCUUCUGGCUCCCAGUCUCACUGCGGCUUAUACAGUACCCUAACCUGCUACUAAUCACGGAGAACAAUGUGGAGGAGGAGAAGAGCAAGGCGAGAAGCCUGAGCAAGAGAGGACUGAGCAAGGGAGGGUAGAACCGUUCAGGGCUGGCCUUCCAAGCCCUGGCCUGGGUGCAGUGGGGGCCAAGAGGACAGGGCUUGGCAGUCUUCACAGCCUUGAUACCACUGUAGGGGUGAACAGUGGGGGACCUAGGGAGAUCCCCUUCUCACCUUUUCUCUUGGUCUCCGGUUCACUCCUGUCCCCCUCCCCCUGACUUGGUGCUCAUAGGCACCUGAGUAGGGAUUGUGACCAGGGUCUAGAUGGGCUUGAAUUUGAAUGAAUUGAGUUUGUAUAUCAAGCACCCUGGGUUUUUACAUGUUUGGUCUUUUUGUUUUUGUUUGUCACCCUCGAUAAAGGACGUAUAUUCA